CCCAUUCAUCCACCUCGAGUCUUUGAGAUCAAUCAGAGAGAGAGGGAGAGAGAGAGAGAGAGAGAGAGAGUGAUGGCGCAGGCGACUGUGGCGAAGGGCUUGGAGGCGAAUCCCGUGCUUUCGCCCUCCUGUCUCGGUGGAGUUCGGCGACCGACGACUCUUUCUUACUCCCUUCCCGUUGGAUCCGUCGCCAAGCCCGGUUCUUUCGGUGGCAUGAGGGCGGGAGGCUGCGGGAGGCGCAGUGCGCCUCUCAGAGUCUCGGCGUCGGUCGCGGUCUCCGCUGAGAAGCCGUCGGCGGUGCCGGAGAUCGUGCUGCAGCCCAUUAAGGAGAUUUCCGGUACGGUUAAGCUCCCGGGAUCCAAGUCCUUGUCGAAUCGGAUCCUCCUCCUCGCUGCCCUCUCCGAGGGAACCACUGUGGUGGACAACUUGUUGAACAGUGAUGAUGUUCGCUACAUGCUUGCUGCUUUGAGAACCCUUGGCCUUUCCGUGGAAGAUGAUGUUGCAACUAAGAGAGCAAUAAUUGUAGGAUGCGGUGGACAGUUCCCGGCGGGUAAAGCUUCUAAAGAAGAAGUUCAACUCUUCUUGGGAAAUGCAGGGACUGCAAUGCGGCCAUUGACAGCAGCUGUCACAGCUGCUGGUGGAAAUGCAAGUUACAUACUUGAUGGGGUUCCAAGAAUGAGAGAAAGGCCAAUAGGAGACUUGGUUGCUGGUCUGAAGCAGCUCGGUGCAGAUGUCGAUUGCUUCAUGGGCACCAACUGCCCUCCUGUUCGUGUGAACACAACGGGAGGCCUUCCAGGGGGAAAGGUGAAACUCUCAGGUUCCAUUAGCAGCCAAUACUUGACUGCUUUGCUCAUGGCAGCUCCCCUAGCUCGUGGAGAUGUGGAGAUUGAGAUCAUUGAUAAGCUCAUUUCCAUUCCUUAUGUAGAAAUGACUCUGAAACUGAUGGAACGUUUUGGAGUUAAGGUUGAGCAUACUGAUAAUUGGGACAAAUUCUUCAUCAAGGGUGCUCAAAAGUAUACGUCUCCAGGAAGUGCCUAUGUUGAAGGUGAUGCUUCAAGUGCUAGUUAUUUCUUAGCAGGUGCUGCCGUCACUGGCGGCACCGUCACUGUGGAAGGUUGUGGUACAACCAGUCUACAAGGUGAUGUGAAAUUUGCUGAAGUUCUCGAAAAAAUGGGAGCAAAGGUAUCAUGGACCGAGAAUAGUGUGACUGUUACUGGCCCACCACAGGAUCCUUCCAAGAAGAAACAUUUGCAUGGCAUUGAUGUCAAUAUGAAUAAGAUGCCUGAUGUUGCCAUGACUCUCGCUGUUGUUGCACUGUUUGCCGAUGGCCCGACAGCCAUAAGAGAUGUGGCUUCAUGGCGAGUUAAGGAGACCGAAAGGAUGAUAGCCAUUUGUACAGAACUUCGAAAGUUGGGAGCAACAGUGGAAGAAGGCCCUGACUACUGUAUCAUUACUCCCCCAGAAAAAUUGAAUGUAACAGCAAUCGACACAUAUGACGAUCACAGGAUGGCGAUGGCAUUCUCUUUAGCUGCUUGUGCUGAUGUUCCUGUCACGAUCAGGGAUCCAGGCUGCACAAGAAAGACUUUCCCUGACUACUUUGAUGUCUUGGAAAGAUUUACAAAGAACUGAAUGGAACCUCCCAAAGAGAUUAGAACUUAAAAGCCAGUGUUCUUUAUGAACAAUUCUUUGUUUUGCUGCAGCAUAAAGUUGUGCUGCCAAUGUCGGUUGUGUUUUGACACAUUAUGCAUUUGCGUCAGCGUUUUUUUGUAGAGGAUGUGUUGUAUGCCAUUUUAAGUUACAACGUGUGAUAGAUUAUAAAUCUUGACAUGAGGUUUUCAGUUUA